CUGUCACACAGACCACACACCCGUCAAGUCUGCGGACCGUCAAAGUCAGCCAGGCGGAUUUGGUGCGCACACCUCGGCUUUUAUAAACAGCGACCCACCGGUAGAAUUCGGCGUUAGCGAUGUUUUUGAUCAAUUCACAAACGUUUAAUUAGAGAAGGUGUAAAGUUCCAUGGACAUUUCAUGGACAUAGGAUUCAGAAGAUGUUUUUUUUUUCAAGAGAAGGCACUUCAAGUUAGACUAAUCAAGGAAAAAUGUUAGUUUAUGGAGAAAAGUUUUGAAAAGGUUAAAUCAACAAAAGAUAUUCGAAUUCAUCAUUACGCAAUUACUCCAGUAGCCUUUGGAGAAAGUCUUGCUGAUUUAAUCAGUGCGCGCCGAAAGGAAAUAAAGGAUAUUGCGAAAAUUAAAAAUGCAUUUUGAAGUCCAUCACAUUCAGCACGUCCUGCUAUUGGCUGCAGCCGUGACAUCGGCCCAGGUCCCAGACCCCUCCUUCAGCCUGUCCAAUGAGAGGACUUCGAUUGAGAGGACGUAUGAGCUGACCAAGUAUCUGGAGCAUCAGCUGAGAGAGAUAAAGGACACCUAUUUAUCCUACCUGGGCCCGCCGUUCAGUGACCCAGACUUCUCCCCUCCGCGGCCCAACAGCACAGCCCUGUCCUUACCUAGCGCGGCCACCCGUCUGGAGCUGUGGCGGGGCCUGGAGAACCGUGCAAGGCUGGCCCAGAACCAGAGGGCUUACUCUGUUCUGCUGGGGGCGGUGAGGGAGCUGGCCCACUCCACUCUCUGCCCCUAUCUCCAGAGCUCCCUGCUGCACUUUUCUACAGGCCUGGACGGUCUGUUAGGGUCUAUAUCAGGCCUCAUGAACACACUGGGGUAUGCCCUGCCUCCUGCUGGGAUUGAGGCGCAGUACCCACGUAAGGGCACAGGGGGCGAUGGAGAGGCGACGGGACGCAGACCAGCUCCACUUAUGAGUCAGGGUCUCUAUAAGACAGGGGCAGAGAUGGGGGCGGGACGAAGGAGGCAUCCCCUUGAUGAUCAGAGGGGUGCUGGGACCACCAGAGGGCUGGUGAGAGGACAAAAGGAGGAGAGCACCAGGAGAGAAAUGACGGAGAGAAAGAGGGAGCGAGAGAAGGAUAGAGGGAGGGGAAGGGAGGGAAGGAGAGCGGAGGUGGCAGGGGCUGCGGUUAGGAGCGUGGGAUCGAGGCAGGAGGGGAGAGGGGAGCGAGGGAGGAAAGGAAGGAAGAGACACUCAGAGGAUUGGGAGGGGGCCAGUGAAGACAGGGAAGAGGAGGAAGAGUUGGAGAGAGAGGGAGGGAGCGAGAGAUGGGGGAGGAGGAGAAGGCUGCUGAGUGUUUCAGAGGAAGGAGAGAGAACAGUGAAGCAGGGUCCACUGGAGUCUGACGCCAGAGUCACUCUGUCCUUCUCAGACAGACAGACCUUCCCCCAACAACAACAACUCCUAAACAACAAUAACAAUAACAACUAUGAUAACGACAACCUCAACAGCUACAACUUCAACUACCCCCACCAAAACAAGGAACGAGCCAGAGAGGCGGAUGCAGAAAACAGGGCGACAGAGGAGGAACAUUACAUCAUCAGAGAGUCUGCAUCCCUCCUCUCCUCCUCUCCAUCACUACAUCCCCAGCGCCGAUCCCCUCGCUCCCUAUUCUCCCCCACCCUCCACCCCCCCCUCUCCCUCUUCUACCCGUUUGGCACAGGGACAGGGGAGGGACACACCCUGUUGUCAGAACCAGUGCCCCUGUCAUUGAGGAGGGGUCCCCCCCUGCUGCCGCCCCCUCCCCUGUCCCCCCUCCUGUCCUCCUCCCCUCUGCUGGCGGUGCGGCCGGCGCUCAACGACUUCUCCAGGAAGGUGGAGGGCUUCUGGGUACUGAGGGAGCUGCAGAGCUGGCUGUGGCGCUCCGCCAAGGACUUCAACCGCCUUAAGAAGAGACUUAGAGUCUGACAGACUGAGAGAGGACACACAGAGACAGAGGGAUUGAAGGAGGACACACACACACACAAACAUACAAAC